AUGACGCCGUACCUCACCUGUCAGCGCUGCAACUGCGUGACAUUCAUCGACGUGCAGCGAGUUCGACGCAAGGCAGACCAACUGGCUGCCUCCAUGCAGCCACUCAACGAUGCCGGCGAGAGAGAAGACACUACGCUUUUGUAUGAGCAAGUGCCGAAGUGUCCAGGGUGCGGAAGCACGCGAUAUCUACGCGCAGGGGUCGUGAGUUUCCAGGAGCAGAUUGAAGAGGAGCGCAAUGCUAUCAAGGAGUUCGAGCGUCGACGCGUCCCAGCCACAGCUCUAUUGCAGCGUAUCGCGCGUGGAUUCCUUGGGCGUCUAGAGUUCCGCCGUCGACUGGUAGAGCGCGAGCGGUAUCUACGAGAGAUCAAUCGGGCCGCCACCAGAAUCCAAACUCGAGUGCGAGGCAUGCAAGCUCGAAGACGAACUGUGAUCGAGCGGUGUCUGCGGAUUAUCCGCUUUAUGGCCCCACAGAUUCUCAGCUACGCUUUGGCUGCUCGACCAAACGAGCCGCCGGUCUUCUGGUACACAAAUACUGCCGAGCUCGGGGUCUUCUACUGGAAUUACAGAGAGUACGUGCGCAGAUCGGGAGGCAAACCCACGUUGAUCAAGGUGGAGAACAACGUGCUGGAGAUCACGAGGCGCGUAUUACGUCGCGAGUACGCUUUGGUCAGCCGCAUCCAGGCGCGGUGGCGCGGGCUGACCACGCGCAUGGUCUUUCGUGAGUUUAAGCGACAGAAAGGAUGGCUCAAGGGAAUUCGUCAGUCUCCUGCCGUGAAGAUCCAGCGUUUGGUCCGCGGAGAUGCAAGUCGCCGCCGUUGCAGAGCGUUGCAAGUAACUAUCAAGUACCCCACUCAGCGCGAGGCUUACCGUCGCGAAAUGGCGGCCCGCGACCAGCAAGCGAAGGCGCUGGCUUUCCGAGAACGGUUGAUGGCCAAGUACAAGCACCAGUUCCAGAUCAAGCGCACCACGCGCAUGAUCGUGCAGCAGGCCAAGCCGUCGAAGCAUGUCGACUUCAGGUCCUGGAGCAGCAAUCGAAACCAGAACGCUGUCCGCUUCGCGGAGAUUAAGCGGCAGCUGGAAGGUAAACACGGUCGACUUCGAGGUCCCAAGUUCCACAUCCUCAAAGCUCAGAUGUACGCCCCUCUCGCUGCUCCCAGACCGUCCUCCAAGGUCUCCGUAGACGACCGCGCUUGA